AUGACCAGAUUACGAUUGAUUGCUGCCGCCAGGACGGCCAGGCCGUUCUUCGCUUCUCCCUGCCGCAAUGGCAGGUCUCUCGCCCUUGCGACCACCGCCGCCGGAGCAACCUCCAUCUCGGUGCCGGUCCCGAUGGCGGCACCCGCACGCUUCUACUCGGCCGAGGCGCGCAAGAACUGGAAGGAGAAGCUCGCAGAGUUCUCCAAGCAGGACAAGACGCCUCUGUACGAUUUCCACAUCGCUCACGGCGGCAAGAUGGUCAUCUUUGGCGGCCAUCACAUGCCCGUGCAGUAUACCGGACUGGGCCUGGCCGAGUCCCACCACUUCACCCGCAACCAUGCUUCCCUCUUCGAUGUCAGCCACAUGGUUCAGCACCGCUUCACCGGCCCCAAGGCAGCGUCGUUCCUCGAGACUGUCACGCCAUCCAGCGUCGCCGACAUGGAGAUCAAUUCGAGCAAGCUCAGCACGUUCCUGUGGCCGAAGACGGGAGGCAUUGUCGACGAUACCAUGAUCACCCGCCUCGGCGAGAACGAAUACGCUGUCGUCUCCAACGCCGGCACGCGGGAGAAGAUCUUCAAGUACCUUACCGAGCAGACAGCCGAGCUACAGAACCCUGAGAGCAACGACUUCUGGUGGGAGGUCCUUGAGGGAUACGGCUUGGUUGCCCUGCAGGGCCCCCAGGCAGCCGAGAUUCUUGAAGAGAUCCUUGACCCCGCCGACGGUCUCGACCUAAACAAGCUGUACUUUGGUAACACUGGCUUUGCCAAGCUCAAGUACAAGGUCGAUGGCGAGUGGAAGACAACAUCUGAGAAGGCCAUGAUCAGCCGAGGUGGAUACAGUGGAGAGGACGGCUUCGAGAUCUCCUUCAAGGCGACCAACGGCGAGGCAGACCCGCUGGCUCGGACUCUGCUCGAGGUCGCCGGGCCCGAGAGACUUCAACUUGCCGGUCUCGGCGCGCGCGACAGCUUGCGCCUGGAGGCUGGCAUGUGCUUGUACGGCCACGACAUUGACGACACCACCACCCCAGUGGAGGGCAGCCUUUCGUGGAUUAUCCCCAAGGAGAGAAGGGCUAAGGGUGGCUUCCACGGUGCCGAGGUCAUCACCAAGCAGCUCGUGCCCAAGAGCAAGGGCGGCGCUGGCAUCGAGAGACGCCGUGUGGGUUUCUUCAUUACCGGUGCGCCUGCGCGCGAGGGUGCCGAGAUCUUCACCCAGGACGGCGAGAAGGUGGGAGUAAUCACCAGUGGCUCGCCCAGCCCGACAUUGGGCAAGCACAUCGCCAUGGGAUAUGUCAAGGAGGGACUGCACAAGUCAGGCACUGAGUUGGAUGUAGUUGUGCGAGGCAAGAAGAGGGCGGCAACGGUAGCCAAGAUGCCCUUCGUGCCUAGCAAAUAUUUCAAGGGACCUACUCCCGCACCGGCGUAA